UCUUGAGUUAUGCUGUUAACACAACACACACACACACAGAGACUCACACGUACAAGCCUAAAACAUAACCUUAGCCAUUCUGGCAAAGGUAACAAUUGGUGCAAAGUAUGGCUUAUUUGUGACGGGGACGAUUUUCAGGGGAAAAAUACGCGCAACCCUCUGUCGAUCUUGAAUAUGGACGAUCUUCCAUUUAUUCGCCCGAAGAGCGUGGAUAAUGUGACAGGGGUAUUAGCACGGCGGUAACUGUGAUAUAUUCGUAUUUCAAGCUGUCAGAGUUUCAUCAGCUUUUGCAUGUAGUCUUCUUUAAACAAUAAGUAUUUGAGAUUUUUGAAUUUGCUAUAUUUGGGAUUACUUUCCGUGUUAUUAGAAAAUAAAUAAAAAGCUUUUGAAAGAAACGUGACACUCUUGUUCCUUUGACUCGUGUCCUCAAGUUACUUAUAAAACGUCCUUAAAUGACCCGAAGUACUAUGGGUUCUAGUCGUCGAACAAAUCAAAACGAACUUAGAACACUUGAAAUUUUGUACCAAACGGUCAAAACCAGUCAAGAAAAGCAGUGGACAACAGGAAAAGAUGCCACUUUGCCUCUAAGACUAAAACAACAUUACAUUAUGUCCGUGAGACGAGAGACGAACAGUAAAAGAAAACUCCGUACGAUCAAGGAAAUCCCUCUCUUGACGAAAACAAGUGGACGGGAUUCUCGAGGAAGCCAAAGACUGGAUUCUAUAAGACGAUCAUCUACAGCACAAGAGAGGAGAGGAUCUUUUCACCCAUGUGUCGGCAGGAAAGCCUCUAUCAAACAACAGACGGCUGAUCAUGAAGGCAACCGGAAGCCUCUCGAUCCGUGUGACAGGUCACCGCACAAAGCGCUUGCGCAACGCAGGGACUCUCUGUGUGGAUCAUCACUACUACCCGACGUCUCACGCCCUAGUGCGCAGGCUCGGAACAGACACCAACAUGGACCCCUCAGUGAGCAUGAGGAGGAUACAAGUGACGUAAAAACGACGCUGACUCCCAAGGAUCCUCCAAUGACGAUGAGAGAAAAGUUCGUCAUGGCGGCACGCGUAGUGCGCAGGCUCUGCCAAGUGUCCUUGUGUAUGAGGAAGUACGCAGAGGACCAUCUUGGCAAGGCGUUUGAGUUCGUGUCCAAACCCCGCUACCGAGUGGCCACAAAGGAAGGCGAGGCUGGGGGAGACCAGGAGUUGACUUUCGACCCUGAAUUUUUCAAGAUGGACUCAGAGUACAUGUUCCCAGAACCAGCCAAACGGGUCGCAGAGAAGCGACCUGAUGACAGAACCCCGGCGGACCUGAGGCUGAUAGGCGCCGCUCUGCGCAGUCUCAGUAGCUUCAGGAAGUAUCCUCGGAAAACCCAGGACAUGCUCUGUCGAGUUGUGAGAUACCAGAGUUUGGGAGUGAACCGAGUGGUGAUUAAGAAGGGCCACCCCGGCACGGCGUUCUACAUGGUGUUCUCAGGACGGGUGGGCGUGGUCACCACAGACGACCCGGACGAGCUGAUGCAGCGGGCCAGCAUGGUGAUGCUCAGGAAGGGCGACAUUUUUGGGGAGAUGUCGCUGAUAACGGGUGAAGCACGAACGGCCACCAUAAAGACCCAGGAGCAGGCCGAGCUGAUUGUUGUGGACGUGCACAACCUUCACAACACUGACCUGCACGACAUUCUCAAACAAGACUUCAAGUACAAGUUUGACUUCUUCAGACAACUGGAGCUGUUUUCUCCAUGGGAUGACGAGGCUAUGUUACAUCUAGCAUCGCUGGCCAGAACAGAGGAGUGUGUGCAUGGCAAAGUCGUGGUCCGAGACAUGGCGGAGGAGCCUGUGACUGUCUUCGUCGUAAAGGGCAUGUGUGCUGUUGUAAAACUACUGGACCUUUCCGACGCAUCGAAACAAAUGGAGCAGAAUGUAGCGAAACACUCUCCCGUAAGUCCCUCCCAACGUGGAACAACCUCGGCCACAACGACCGGGCUCAAGCCGCUUGAAGAGAGACCGUCACCGGCUGCGUUUCCUCCUCUCAGGCCACAGACAGUGCCACAGAACCAAGAGCGCCACAGGCGGUGGAAAAACGAGGAGUAA